UUCGUUUUAACUACAUUGGUGAAGAGUCAGUGAAGUAGUCACACAUUGACUAAUACUGUUCAAUAUCAUCUUUAAAACAACUGCCGCAUCUUUAGAAUUAGUAUUCAAGCUCACAGUGAAGUAGUCGACCAUUCUACUCUCAGACCUGACCUACGAAAUCAAAGAUCGUAAAAGUCACUAAAUAUUGACUAGUCUUGUUCAAUAUUAGAACAACAGUUAGUCAGCAUCCUUAAUUUAUUCUUCAUCACAGGUUCACGGUGAAAGUCGACCAUUCUACCUCCACGAUUCUACGAAAUCAAUUAUUGUAAAAGUCACACACUAUCGACUAUAGUCUUGUUCAAUUUAUCUUUAGAACAACAGUAGGCCGCAUCUUCAAAUUGUCUUCAAUAAUGGUGAAGUAGUAAACAUUCUACCUCCAAAAAUAGAGCUGUAUCUACGAAAUCAAAGAUUGUAAAAGUCACCUAAUAUAUUGACUAGUCUUGUUCAAUCUUUGGAAACAACAGUAACAUUGUUGUAGAUUGGAAUAAAGAUGAAGAUGAUCUUCUUGACGGGAACACUGUUCCAUAUUGCCCUCCUGCUGCUCGGACUCACUACUUCAAGCGCUGAUACCACCACCGACAACACCACCGACAUGUACAUUCUGGGACUGUUCCCCAUGACGGGUUCGUGGCCAGGGGGCCAGGGCCAAAGACCGGCGGUGGAGAUUGGGCUCAAGCAUGUCAACUCCAACCCGAGCAUCUUACCCGGGUAUCGGCUGGUGAUGCUGCCACAGACUCCGGGAGAUAACACGGAGUGUAAUGGCGGGAAGGGCACCGACGUGAUGUAUCGGGAACUAUACAACUACACCACCACUAAAAUCAUGAUACUUGGCGGAGGGUGCUCACUGGUAACACAAGCUACUGCGCAGACAUCACACCAUUGGAAUUUGAUUCAGCUGUCUUAUUCCUCGGCCUCUCCGCUGCUUUCAAACCGACAAUUGUUUCCGAUGUUCUUCCGAGCGUUCCCACCUGAGACCGUCUUCAACGUUGUCAAGUUUGCCGUUCUUAAGCACUUUGGUUGGACUAAAGUGGCUACGCUACACGAAACUAUUGAUCUUUUUUCAUUGCCAACAGUGGAUUUUCUUAGUGAAGCUGAGAGCCACGGAAUAGAAAUUAUUGCUUCUCAAAGUUUUGCCGAUCAUCCUUCUCUCUCGGUUUCCAAUCUCAAGAAACAAGGUGCGCGGAUAAUUAUUGGUAACUUUUACGAGACGAGGGCGAGACAAGUGUUCUGCCAAGCCUACAAAGAAGGAAUGUAUGGCGAGAAAUAUGUCUGGAUUAUCACAGGUUGGUACAGCUAUCAGUGGUGGUUACUUAAGGACUCCGAGGGCAACGUUCACGACUGUACACCGGACCAGAUGUCCGAGGCCGUCAAUGGGUACUUCACGACGGACGCGCUGCCCCUAAGCCUGGCGGAGGAGCCCGGUAUUGCUGGAAUUAAUACUCAGCAGUUUCUUGCCGAAUAUAAAGAGUAUGUCGGUGGGACGCCAGAGAUGCUGACGGGGUACCAGGAAGCCCCGUACGGGUUCGACAGUGUUUGGACGCUCGCACUGGCUCUCCAGGAAGCAGAGACUCGCCUUCAAAAAUUCGAUCCACCAAGGUCCAUUGCCAAUUUCUCCUACGAGGACGACGAGAUGGCGGAUAUGUUCUUUGAAAUCAUGAAUGCGACCAACUUCAAGGGUGUCUCGGGCCCUGUGCAAUUCACUUUCGACGGAGACAGGAAGGGACUUAUGCAAGUUGAGCAGAGUCAAAAUGGGGACGAAAAACUGGUUGGGAUUUAUAAUCCUUCUUCUCCUAAUGGUUUCGAGCUUGAAUGGACAAAAGAUCCUCCGAUAAUAUGGGCAGGUGGUAAACCCCCAGCUGAUUCAGUGCUAGAGAAGGAGUUACCUCAAACUAUAUCAGCUGAUCUAUUCAUCGGAAUGACUGCUCUAGCUAUCGUAGGAGUCGUGCUGGCUGCUGGGUUUCUUAGAUUUAACAUCCAUUACAGAAAUAGAAGGUAUAUCAAGAUGUCGAGCCCAAAGAUGAAUAAUCUUAUUUUAGUUGGUGGAAUGCUAAUGUAUUUAUCUAUCGUCUUCAAUGGUUUAGAUACAAGCAGGGUAUCACAUCAAGCCUAUAUCUGGACUUGCAAGGCAAAUACGUGGUGUAUGGGCAUUGGGUUCUCCAUGGCCUUUGGAGCUAUGUUCAGCAAAACAUGGCGUGUGCAUAAGAUUUUCACCAGUAAAGCCGUGAUGAAAACGAUGAUAAAGGAUUAUCAAUUGUACGUGAUGGUAACAGUCUUGGUUCUAUUCAUCUUAACCGUGUUAAUCCUCUGGGAGAUCGUGGAUCCAUUACAGGUGGUCAUCACCAAGGGGAUUAAACAGCCAACCUAUGACCAGGACGUCGUGGUCAUACCCGUUCAUGUAACAUGUCAGUCUAUAUGGCAGGUGUACUGGAUCGGGACACUGGUGGGCAUCGAGGGUCUACUCCUAAUAUUUGGCGCCUUUCUUGCAUGGGAAACGAGGAAUGUUACGGUGCCAGCUUUAAAUGAUUCCAAAUAUAUAGGGAUCAGUGUGUAUAACAUCGUCAUCCUGAGCUUCAUCAUCGUUCCAGUUACAUUCAUUCUGGAUGAGGUUAAUGCUCGCUUUGUCAUCAUGUCUACCUUCGUGUUCUUUGCAACAACACUGACACUGUGCCUCGUCUUCGUCCCUAAGCUAAGAGUAAGGAACGAGGUUCAUCCCAAGGGCGCCAUGUUGUCUACAAAGAAAGACGGAGAUGAAGGCGAAACCGAGGCUGAUAGGAGGAUACGGAUGCUCCAUGCUAGGAUCAAUAAUCUUCAAACAUCACUCGGAAAGGUACGUUACUGGACCUUGUUGAACCACUGUGUGGCUCUGGCUCUCAGCGGCUAUAGCUGUGGAUCCAGCUGGAGAAGGAAGACAUCAUCAAGGAGUUGGAGACCCACACUGCGGGAGGCAGUGGCCAGACCAACAAAGUCAACCGUAUUCGUUCCAUUUCACAUGAUGUUGCAUCCAGCAGCUAACGACUAUAGGCCUACCUACCUCAGAUCGAGGUGGAAGGCAAACCCCAGUAUUCUCUCUAAAUGUAAAAAAAAGUGAAAAACACCACUCUUUACAUUUCGAGUUGUCCCUCAUUAUGGCCCUUUAAAAAGAGUGGUGGUUAUUUCACUCUUUUAGAGGAGUUUCACUGCAGGACAGAGUGAAACAUCACUCCAAAAGAUGAAAACUUCAAUCUAAAAGAGUGGAAGACCACUCGAAAAAGAGUUGUCCCUCAUGGCUUUUCAAAGAGUGCCUUUCACUCUUGCAUAAUUAGAGAGUUCCAUGCUCAGAGAGGCGAGAAAAACACCGUUUAAAACGCACGUUGUUUUGUUCACAGACGUC